AAGAAUAAACAACUUCAGGUUAGAAUAUUAAAUAGCAGAUUAUCAUUACUACUUGAAAUUCUUGCGCUGUAGCACUGACCACGCAAUUUCCCACUUUCUCCCACAGCUAAGAGCUCUCUUCUUCCCCGUCGCCAAAAAUGCCCAUUUCCACCCCGACCAGAUCCCAGCUGCUGGUCUCGAUCCGUCAGACGACUCUAGGGCCCAGGUUCGCUUCCUUCGACUCCCAUUUUCUUCCGUUCUGUCGGGCGUGUGCCCCCCUCCAGCGAUCGCUGUGAUUGUGCCACCCUGGACAGCCGCUGCACCUGAGGUCACCGUGCAGAUGCAACCAGCCCUCCUCUCCUCGCCCUCGUCCUCGUCGAGGAGGAGCAGUCUGUCUGGUCUUCGCUCCCGACGACGAACAGAGUCUGCCGCCGCCGCCAGUCCCGGCAGUAGGACCUCCUCCUAUCUGCCCGACGACGCUUCUCCGCACGCUGUGCUCGCUCGACGAUCCAUGGGCGCGCCCUCCCCGACGACAACCACCUUUUCCACGGCUGCCGCUGCUGUAACCGCCGCCGCCGCUGCUGCCACUCCCACGUCACGGCGACCCCUGAGUGCCUCCCACCUGUCCAACGUUGUGCUGGCGACCGACCGGCCCUCGACCUCGCCGCGAUACAAAAGUCACCAGCGCCUGAGCCUGCUGGCCCUGGGUGCUGAUUCCCGUGACCGCCAUCCGCCGUUAGCGGCGCCCGACGACAACAACAACAACCUCAACGACAGCAACAAUUCUAGCAACGAGAACCACGACCACGACCACGAUUACGACCACCUUUACGACGGUAAGAACAAAAGCUCUGGCUUCACCACAACCCCUACUUCGAUACGUACAAGAAAACGAGCCUACACAACGACCAGCGGGAUCGCCGCGCUCGACGGACCUCCUGAUGCCGCAAAGCAACUGCCCAGCCACCACCACCACCACCACCACCACCACAACGACGACCCCGGUGUGAAGAGCAAGAUGUCGAUGUCUGUCCCCUAUGGCAGCGGCAGCCCGCGGGCCAAUGAUGGCAGCCGCACUGACGACGUGUUUUUGAACAUCGCCCAGGCGGAUUCCCAACGGCGCGACUCGCUUGGACGUUCUGAACUCCGGCGGUCUCGAUUUGGAUUUGCAGGUCAAAGCCUUCGGUCGCCCACCGCACGGAGCAGCAAGAAGGAAACCACCGCCUCUCCCGACCAGUUACGCUUCAGAAACUCGGCAGCGGCAGACACCGAGUCCCCCCUGUAUGCCGCGACGGCGCCGAUCUCAUCGUCGGCGUCUGCUCAUCCGCUCGGUGACGACCACUCUCAUACGCGCUACUUUAAUGGCGGCGGCUCCAGCUCGCGCUCGACGAUCGGCCUGGGGCGCAGUCGCCUUGGUCGCACCAGUCCGGACUCCGCGUCGCCGGACUCGCCAGAGCAACUGCAACUGCCGCUAGGCAUCGAGCGACGAGCUUCGUUGCAUGAAAACCGCCUCUACCGCAAUUCCACUCUCUCCACCAUCCGCAGCAGCCGCCAGACAUCGACUUCCGAGGCAACCGAGCGCGCAGUGCGCGCGACCGACCAGGACAACAAGUCCCGGCCGGACGGCACCGAGUCUACCCUCUCCACCACAGCCCCCUCAGUGUGGGAUGAGCUGGAUGAUCUUAAAUCGCGCAUUAAGAAGCUUGAGCUGACGGGCAAAUUGCCCCCCUCGUCCCAGGCGGCCAUGUCCUCCAUCUCUGGGGAACGGCCGCGCACUGCCACAACUACCGUCACCACUCUGUCCUCCUCACCCAAGACGGGAGGUCAUAGUAAGACCGUCGUGACAACGGCGCCGACAGCGAUGUCCGAAGAAGAAGCGCUUCAACAAGCCCAUCCGUUGUUGCAUGCAGCGCUGGCAAAGGCCAAGGGCGUCGUCCGCAGCGAGGUUUUCAACACUCUAGAAGCCACCGUGACAGAUGCACUCAAAUUAUCAUCGAUGCUAGGUGGUAGCGCCCCCCUUUCAAGCAGUGUCUCGGUGGUGAACGGGUACAGUACAUCUGAAAGACAGGCGCGGCGGAAAGCAGAGAGCCUCUGCCGUAGUCUAACAGAGCUCUGCCUCGCUCUAUCUGAGGAUCAGCCGCCAGUCACAGGUACUUCUACGAGCAGUGAAACACUUACAGCAACACAACCAUCCCGUCGGGAAUUUCUAGAAGCCGACUGCUUGACCCCCACACCACCCUCCUUCCAACGCGCGGCGAGCCAUGAACCGGACGCGCGUCUGUACAGCAACCACCCUCCUCGCGUCUCCACCAGUCGGCUAGAGGUCCGCAGGGCGACGCUCGGGAAUAUCACCACAAACACGAGUCCCCGUCAGAUGCAAGACACGAAGUCGGUCGCUGCUUCCCCGGCCCCGUCACGGCUAAGCCGUCUCUCUACCUCCCUCCGGACAAGACGCCUGCAGGCCUCCGAAGACGUCCGAUCAGCAGCAGCAGGAGGAGGAGCAGUGUCUGGCUUACCCCGGGUAUCGUCGUCGCAUCGAACCUCCCGGGAGCUGUCUGAGCCGCCUGCGCCAUCAUCGUCUUCAUUCUCAUCCUCGUUGACCGCCGAUCUGCAGACGCGACAAACCACCCAGACCUUCUCGCCGCGGAUCCCGCCCCAGCAAUCCCUGCCGCAGGUACCACAGCCGCCGCAUACUCCGACGACGCAGCAGCAGCAGCCCAACAACCUACAUUUACGACGGAGCUUCUUGGCCCAGCCGACGAAUAACUAUACCCCGUUCGCCUCGAGCCUCAACAUCCAACCGGGCUCGCGCCGCUACGGCUUCACUCCGACAACUACCAGCAGCGGGUCCACAGACCCGGCCACUACUACUACUUCUACUACCCGUGGCGACGCCACGCCGGCCUUUUAUACCACCACCACCGCUACCACCACAACGACCCCGGCACAACAAUACCAGACGCGCAUCAUCGCGCCGUCGCACAAGCUCGCCACCAGCUACACGCCUAUCCAGCCCUCCCGGGCCCGCGCAGACAGCUUCGGCGGCACGCGCCGCUUCGGCCUGCGAACACGGCCAGUCUCGACGAUGGGGGAAGCCAAACCCCUUGACGACAGCAUUGAUUAAGUUUAUUCUACCUUGGGCCUUAUUUUUACCACAUUAUAACCUUCCUCCUCCUCCUCCUCCUCCUUCUUUUUCUUCUUUUAUUCCCAAGUCCAGCGAGUUGUAUUGCAUGAUUCCGAUAUGUCUGCAUCCUGGUAUUCGGCGUCUAGCAUUCCCUGUCAAUUGUCAAUAUUCCUCUAUCCGCCAGCGUCUGUCUUAUUGGUUUCUUUUUCUUUUCCCCCUCUUGUCUAAUGACUGCAUGCAUAGAUGACCUCGAAGAAGAAGAAAGAAAAAAGAAUGCAAUGCUGAACAGAACAGCCAUCAUGUCAUAUCAACCCUUUUUGGUACCCUGAUUUGUACAUAACUUAUUCAUACACAAUUGUAUGAAUUCCUUUCUUGCAUAUCUAGAUCUAUUGUUAUUAAUGAAUUGGAGUAUAUGUACUUAUUUUUAUAACCC